AUGCAAAUCUCCCAAAAUUCAACCAGUCUCUUUCUUUCGUUUUCUAUUUCCCAUUUCCAAUUUUGGAAGAUCCUCUCCUCUUUUGAGAGUAUAUCAUUAUGUGAUGUCAGCCUAUCUGACUUCCACUUUUCUCUCUCGCUCUCUUUUGUUUCUUUCUUUAUUCUUACUGACCAAUUAUCUUCAUUCUCAUUUAUUCUCUAUUCAUCACUUAAUCGAAUCCGUUGCUUUUCUUUCUUUCUUUCUUUCUUUCUUUCUUCAUUCACCUUUUUUAUUUCCUUUCUUUCCACCUUUUUCUUUCUCUGUCUCUACCACUCUCUCAUCUUAUUCGUUAUCCAUCUUAACUCUCUUGCUGCAUUUUUCAAAAUGGAACCAUUACAACCACUUCUCUCUCGCGAUGUUAAUUACAGACAUUAUAAGCGCCGUGAUAAGGAGACUGAUAGACAUCGAUCAUGCCUUACAUCAGAAACAAAUAUGUUAUUUUUAUUUAGAUUCGAAAUUUUUCUUUUCGUCGACUGUGUCUCUCAGAGAUUUAUCGACGAAAGACACUUCAAUAUUUUAAUCAAAGCAGACGAAAUGGAAAAUGGAUUUCAGCAACGACACCGUUUCUCAACUUCCCACCACACCGAUUUUAUACGUGGUCUAGUUGACUGCCAAUUUCUUCUUCUUCUUCUUCUUCUUCUUCUUCUUCUUCUUCUUCUUCUUCUUCUUCUUCUUUUUCAUUUCUUCUUCUUCUUCUUCUUCUUCUUCUUCUUCUUCAAUGCUUCUUCUUCUUCAAUGCUUCUUCUUCUUCUUCUUCUUCUUCAAUGCUUCUUCUUCUUCUUCUUCUUCAAUGCUUCUUCUUCUUCUUCAAUGCUUCUUCUUCUUCAACCCUUCUUCCAUGUGUUGUAUUCCUUUAAGCCGUGA